AUGAGCCUCUCCUGCUGCCACGACGCCCGCCGCCACUACUACGGCCCUCACAAGACCCAAGACUGUGAAUCUCUUGUCAUGGGCUACAUCCUCCUCGUCGAUAGCUCGCCGACGGCGCUUCUCCCGGCGUUGCGCUGCGAUCCCCCUGGGAUCUUGACGCUUCCCACGCUCAGGCAUGGUAGUGGAGUUGCCUUGGGAAGCACUUUGGGGUGUUGUUGGUGCUGUCUAGGUGUGGUGUGAUGAAGACAGCACGCGUGACCGGUGUCUGCUCCGGUAGUCGCAAAAAAACGGGAAAUUUUUCACCGAAACGUAAAAGGAGCGAGCCCAGAAAAAAUACGCUUCGCUCUUUUUACGGAAACGUAGAGGAACGCCUCCAUAUAUUUCAAGAAAAUACGGUUUCGUAACCAAAUACGUAUUUUUUUGGCCUGAUAAGACACACCCUAANGCGUGUUCGUGAGGUGGUACGUUCAGCGGAGCUGUGCGUUCGGCUUCUGCUAAAAGCCUGGCGUACGUGCGGGUUACUCUGAGCGCAAACUCGUCAACGGAUUCGCUACUCUUUGCUCCCAAUGUCAUGACAUCACGUGCAAGAAGAGCGAUUCUGUUGGCAGGGGCGAACGAACGAGUGAAAGCGGAAACCCACUCUUUCCAUGUUUUCGGAGGUGUGAUUCGGAUUGCUUCUCCACGCGCACGCAACGCAUGCAGCUGGGCUGGUGGUCGCCAUGCGAGUGAUGAGCUAAGCAUGAGGCUGAGGCUUUGAGCUGCAGUACCUCGUACGAACAGUGGGAGGUGUCUGAUUGCACGGUGAUCGAUUGUGCUUUGAGAGACGUUGUCGGCGGACAAUGGCCCGAUGU